CAUAUUUUUUUUAUAUCUGUUCAGAGAUAAAAACAAGACCUGCACGCACGAGAUGCCUUUCCUUCCGAAUUUAAAUGCGAAGCAACAGACGUCAGACAGCACAACGCAGCACUGCAGCAGCAGCGUCCCUACUCCCCUCCCACCUCCCUCCUUCCCACGAAGCCACGACCCCCCACGCCUCAUCUGCUCUCCUACGCGAAUCGCCCGCACCGGAAGCGAAGCAAGGCAAGGCAACCCGCAAGGGGGGGAACGGCAAGCAGCCAAGGGGCAACGGCAUGGACUCCAAGCCGGCGGCGGCGGCGGCGGCGCGCAGGAAGAAGGAUGCCUCGAAGAAGCGGCAGGGAGGAGGAGGAGGAGGAGGAGGAGGGAGCCCGCGCGGGACCGGCGUGUCCCCGGCGGCUCCUCCCGCGGAGGCCGCCACGGGGAGCGGCGCGGCGAUGGCGGAGUGCGCGGCGGCGUGCUGCGUGCUGUGCGCGUGCCUCCCCGUGGCCGUGCUCUGCUGCGUGGCGCGCGCCCCGCUCCGCGUCGCGCGGCGGUGCUGCGGCAGGUGGCGGCGGCGGGGGCCCCGGCGGCGGCUCGCGCCGGGGGGAUCCUCGUCGUUCUCGGACGCCGAGGUCGGGGAGUUCCUGCAGGGCGGCGGUGGUGCCCGCAGGCGGGCAAUGGGGCAGGAGGGGAGCCAGCCCUCGCCGCGUGGGGGAAGGACAACCUCGCCGCCGGCGCCGCCUAGGGAUCGGAGGAGGUAGCGCCAAGUCAGUCAGUUACUGGCAUUUUUUUUUUCUUUCAUCCUCUUCUGCUUUUUAUUUUUUUCCCCCCCUCUGCGAUUUUGUUGUAACCAUAUCCAGAGAGGUCCAGAGCAUCUGCCAAGUAGGAUGUGCCGCUGUUUCGAUCUGCUCGGCAUCUCUCCUCGCUCUAUUUGCUCGUUCUCGGCUAUGAUUUUGGCAAAACCAAAUGGUUUUAUCACGCCGAUCCUACCAGGUGUCCCAGCUGCAUUGUUCUAUUUCUUUUGAUGUUAUUACUAUA